AUGACCGCCCUCAAGCCUGUCACCCAUGUCAUCUUUGACAUGGACGGGCUGCUCCUGGACACCGAAUCCCUGCAGACCCAAGUGUUCCAGGAAAUCUGCAAGCGCCACGGGCAGCUGUUCAACUGGGUGGUCAAGUCGCGGGUGAUGGGCUGCAGGGCGCCGGAAGCGGCGCAGACCAUCAUCAACAUCCUCAAGCUCCCCAUAGCCAAGGAUCAGCUGGUGAACGAGAGCCAGGAGAUGCUGAAAGAGCUGUGUCCCCACAUCAAGGCCAUGCCAGGGGCUGAGAGGCUCGUACGCCACCUGCACCAACACGACAUCCCCUUGGCGGUGGCCACCAGCGCGGGCACCGAGUCCUUCGAGAGGAAGACAGCCAGCCACAAGGAACUAUUUAGCUUGUUUCAUCACAUCGUGGUGGGCGAUGACCCCGAGGUCGCCGAAAGCAAGCCAGCCCCUAAUAUCUUUCUCACUUGUGCCAAGAGGUUCACUCCUCCUGUCGAGCCAGAAAAAUGCCUAGUUCUAGAAGACUCUCCCAACGGUGUGGACGCAGCUGUGGCAGCUGGCAUGCAGGUCAUCAUGGUUCCUGAUGAGAACUUGGACAGGGAUUUGACCAAAAAGGCCACGUUGGUGCUGAACUCCCUCGAGGAUGUCCAGCCGGAGCUGUUUGGUCUGCCUGCCUUCCAGUGA